GUAAUUAGACUGCUUAGCCGUUGUAAAAAUGGAAGUGGCAAGUGAAAUAGGAGGAAACAAAACUAAAGCUCCACCACAAAAAUCAAAACCCGGACAGCAGAGAUCCUUAGCCAAAAAGGAGUCAAAAACCUCAAAAUGAAGUCCUUUGGGACUCUUGGGAAAACAAUGGCUUUAUCACUAUCUUCACAACCCCUCUUCACUUCCUCUAAACCCCUUUCUCCUCUCAAAAACGCCUUUCCUUUCUCCCCAAUUCGACAAAUUAGCACUCUUUUUCUUCUUUACCCUUCCUAUAACAACGCUACUACCAACAAGUUUUUGCUGAGAUGUCGCAAUUCUUUCUCCACCCAUGCCGUCCAAGAAGCAGCUCCUCCUGCUGCCUCCGCCCAGACGAAUACCAAUACUGGUGCUUCUUCAAUUGACAAAAUUGUUCUGCCUACUAAUGAGUCAUCCGAUGGACUCCUUCGAAUUCGACACACGUGUGCUCAUGUUAUGGCCAUGGCGGUCCAAAAGCUCUACCCAAAUGCAAAAGUGACAAUUGGGCCCUGGAUUGAAAACGGUUUUUAUUAUGAUUUUGAUAUGGAGCCUUUGACUGACAGAGACCUGAAGAGGAUUAAGAAGGAAAUGGAUCGAAUUAUCAGCCGAAACUUGCCUCUUGUUAGAGAAGAAGUUAGCCGAGAUGAAGCUCAGAGAAGAAUAAUGUCUAUCAAUGAACCUUACAAGAUAGAGAUUUUAGAGAGCAUACAGGAGGAACCAAUUACCAUAUAUCAUAUUGGUGAUGAAUGGUGGGAUCUUUGUGCCGGACCUCAUGUUGAAACUACAGGAAAGAUUAACAAAAAGGCUAUUGAGCUUGAAUCUGUUGCUGGUGCUUACUGGAGAGGAGAUGUAAAGAAACCAAUGCUCCAAAGGAUUUAUGGCACAGCAUGGGAGAAUGAGGACCAAUUAAAAGCAUACCUUCAUUUCAAAGAAGAAGCUAAGCGGCGUGAUCACCGGCGAAUUGGCCAAGAUCUUGAUCUCUUCUCCAUACAGGAUGAAGCUGGUGGAGGUUUAGUGUUCUGGCAUCCCAAGGGGGCUAUCAUUAGGUACAUAAUAGAAGAUACUUGGAAAAAGAUUCAUAUGGAGCGGGGCUACGAUUUACUCUAUACUCCCCAUGUAGCGAAGGCAGAUCUUUGGAAGAUUAGUGGUCAUCUGGACUUCUACAAAGAGAAUAUGUUUGAUCAGAUGGAAAUUGAGGAAGAGCUUUUUCAGCUUCGGCCAAUGAACUGCCCUUAUCAUGUAUUGGUAUAUAAGAGGCAGUUACAUUCUUAUCGAGAUUUUCCAAUCAGAGUUGCAGAGCUAGGAACAGUGUAUAGAUAUGAGUUAUCUGGAAGCUUGCAUGGCCUUUUCCGUGUAAGAGGUUUUACUCAGGAUGAUGCACACAUCUUCUGUUUAGAGGAUCAAAUUAAAGAUGAAAUCAGGGGCGUAUUAGAUCUGACCGAGGAAAUAUUACAGCAAUUUGGUUUUGACAAGUAUGAGGUCAACCUUUCAACAAGACCAGAAAAAGCUGUUGGAGAUGAUGAGAUUUGGGAAAGAGCAACAUCUGCACUUAAGGAUGCUUUAGAAGACAAAGGUUGGAGCUAUCAGAUAGAUGAUGGUGGUGGGGCCUUCUACGGUCCCAAGAUUGAUCUGAAAAUUGAGGAUGCUCUUGGAAGGAAGUGGCAAUGCUCAACUAUACAGGUUGAUUUCAAUUUACCCCAGCGCUUUGACAUAACAUAUGUUGAUUCAAAUCAAGAAAGAAAGCGGCCUAUCAUGAUCCAUAGAGCAGUUCUUGGAUCAUUGGAGCGCUUCUUUGGUGUUCUCAUAGAGAAUUAUGCUGGUGAUUUUCCACUUUGGCUUUCUCCCAUCCAAGCUCGAGUUUUACCAGUUAAUGAUGCUCAGCUCCAGUACUGCAAUGAAGUAGGCAAGAAACUAAAAGCUAGUGGUAUUCGGGCCGAGGUUAUCAGCGGCGAGCGUCUGCCAAAACUCAUCAGGAACGCAGAGACGCAAAAGAUCCCAUUGAUGGCUGUAGUUGGACCAAAAGAGGCUGAAACACAAACUGUAACUGUUCGGUCUAGGUUCGCAGGGGAGUUAGGGAACAUGUCCAUUGAUGAAUUUAUCAGCAGAACAAAGACUGCUAGUGAAAACCGUACAUUGUUAUGAUCAGGGACAUGAUUUAAUCAUAAUGUUUUGAGUCAUUUAUGUAUAAUUUUAAACAUAAUUGUCUGAACCACAGAGAAAAUAGAGAGCAAAAUAAAGGAAUACAUUAAUUCUUAUUGAA